UAGGUAUGAUGACACUACUGGCCUCGUAGCUCUCUAUAUCUAUGUCAAUAUAAUAGUAUAAACAUACAAAUCGGUGCCAACAGAAUUGUUCAAUCUGUAGUUCUGAUCAUGUCUGAGCGCACUAUGGCGAGUGGUGGUGAGGAGCCAACGAAGCUGAAACUCUAUUCUUAUUGGCGGAGCUCUUGCUCUUGCCGUGUUCGUAUCGCUCUCAACUUGAAAGGUCUCAAAUACGAGUACAAACCAGUUAAUUUGCUGAAAGGAGAGCAGUUUAGUCCUGAAUUUACAAAGCUCAAUCCUAUUGGUUAUGUACCGGUGCUGGUAGAUGAAGACUUGGUAGUUGCUGACUCUUUUGCGAUCUUAAUGUAUCUAGAAGAAAAGUAUCCUCAACAUCCACUGUUGCCCCGUGAUCUUCAGAAAAGAGCAAUUAAUUACCAGGCUGCUAAUAUUGUUUCCUCAAGCAUACAGCCUCUUCAGAAUCUAGAUGUACUGAAGUAUAUAGAGGAAAACGUUAAUGCUGAUGCGAGGGUUGCUUGGGUUAAGUAUCAUAUUGAGAAAGGGUUUGCAGCUCUUGAGAAACUGUUAAAAGACUAUGCUGGGAAAUAUGCCACUGGCGAUGAAGUAUUCUUGGCAGAUUUGUUUCUAGCGCCUCAGAUUCAUGGAGCAAUCAAAAGGUUCAACAUUGACAUGACUCAGUUCCCUAUUCUAUCUAGGGUUUUUGAGGCGUACAAUGAGCUUCCUGCCUUCCAAGACGCUAUGCCAGAAAAGCAGCCAGAUGCACCCAGCGGUUGAGGCAUUGGGUUGAGAUAUCCGUUUCAAAAUUGCAUCAUGGAAUCUUGUUUGAUUGAUCAUGGGGGUAAAAGCCUGCAAUAGUAGAUCUUGUGCAAAGACAAUGAGGAUGGAUAGUAUGUCAUCGAACUUCAUGUUUAAAUUAGAAUAAAUGAUCAAAUAAAGAUGGAACUGGUGCGAUGAUAUUCUCCGGACAUCUUUCCAAAAUUUCCAUAAUAAAGCUUUCUCAUCUUUGUAAA